CCAGAUCAGCAUGAGGGAGUGCCUUUCCAUUCACAUUGGCCAAGCUGGUGUCCAGAUUGGGGAUGCUUGUUGGGAACUCUAUUGCCUGGAACAUGGAAUCCAGCCAGAUGGCAUCAUUCUUGACAGUAGAGUGGAUCCAUUGGGAAAUGUAAAACAGGAUCAUGUGAAGGCGUCUUUUGAUACGUUCUUCUAUGAGACAAGAGCUGGGAAGCAGGUGCCCAGAGCACUCUUCAUGGACCUGGAGCCAACUGUUAUAGAUGGAAUUCGAACCGGCAAGUAUCGAGAACUCUUCCACCCUGAGCAGCUUGUGAGCGGAAAGGAAGACGCUGCCAACAACUAUGCCCGAGGUCAUUACUCUGUGGGCUCAGAGAUCAUCGACCCUGUUUUAGAGAGGAUCCGGAAGCUGGCAAAACAGUGCCAUGGGCUUCAAGGAUUCUUGAUUUUCCGAAGCUUUGGAGGAGGUACUGGAUCAGGAUUUACAUCUCUCCUAAUGGAACGGCUCUCAGUAGAAUAUAGCAGGAAGACUAAAUUGGAGUUCUCUGUCUAUCCGGCUCCCAGAAUUGCCACUGCUGUAGUAGAACCUUACAACUCCAUCCUCACCACCCAUUCCACCAUAGAGAACUCAGACUGUGUCUUCAUGGUGGACAACGAGGCCAUCUAUGACAUAUGCCAUCAUAAACUUGAUGUUGAACGUCCCUCUUACAGCAGCAUUAACAGGCUGAUAGGUCAGGUGAUAUCUUCCAUUACUGCUUCCCUCAGGUUUGAAGGACCCUUAAAUGUGGAUCUCAUUGAAUUCCAGACCAACCUAGUACCUUAUCCGAGAAUACAUUUCCCCAUGACAGCCUUUGCCCCCAUCAUCUCUUCUGAGAAGGCCUACUAUGAGGAUUUCUCUGUGUCAGACAUCACUGCUGCUUGCUUUGAAUCCACCAACCAGCUGGUCAAGUGCAAUCCUCGACUCGGGAAGUACAUGGCCUGCUGCCUGCUGUACAGAGGAGAUGUAGUUCCUAAAGAUGUGAAUGCAGCAAUUGCAACCAUGAAGUCAAAGAACUCUGUUCAGUUUGUAGACUGGUGUCCAACUGGUUUCAAGGUGGGCAUCAGCAGGCAAGCGCCCACAGUAGUGCCUGGAGGGGAGAUGGCCAAGGUCCAGCGGGCAGUCUGUAUGCUGAGCAACACCACAGCAAUUGUGGAAGCCUGGGCCUGUCUGAACCACAAGUUUGACCUCAUGUAUGCUAAGAGAGCAUUUCUACAUUGGUAUCUUAGAGAAGGCAUGGAAGAUGGGGAGUUCUCAGAGGCCAGGGAAGAUUUGGCAGUUCUGGAGAAGGAUUAUGAGGAAGUGGGAGAAGUUUCUGAUUAAAUAUGAGUGGUGAAAAUGGAUGUUAAAGUGUCAUACUUUCUUUUCAGGACCUUAUACAUUUAGUGGGUAGAGUUUUCUUGAUUAUGUAACAGAGUGGUCCCCAGAAAGGGGGAGGUUCCAGGUUCCCUGCCCCACUCAAAAGGAGGGUGGAGCUGAGCAGAAGGAGGAGAAGAAGCUGGAGAGGAGACUGAGGAAGGAAGGAAGCAGGAUGGAGAGCCAGAAGGAGACCUGGAGGAGGCACAUGGACCGAGAGACGUGUGAAGAAACUGCGCUUGCCUUUUGGUCGUGGACUGGGUGAAACAGAGGUGGGUGAGACCCGUGGGGAGGUGACAGUGGCAGUUUUUGUCUUGAUUUUGAUUUUGCCCUUUACCUUAUAAACUUGUCUGGUUGUUUCUGAUCCUUUUCUGUGGGUCCCCACUGGAAGAUGCUUUAGACUUGUGGCAGGCUUUGGAGCCUUGCUCUGGGCCAAUCCUGCUUGGGUGGACUUUUACCCAAGAGGGAAUGGGUAACUUUGGGUGCUUGAUUUAGAAAUUAUAUUCUUUGCC